UGAGGAAUGUGUCAGUGUCAUCAGAACAUACAGAACAGAGCUGGAAAGUCCAGGUUUAGAAAGAAAAAUUCCUCCUCAGUGUUUUGUUCCAGUCUCUUGGAUUUGCUAAUAAGUAGGCCUACCGUUUUUCAGCCAGGAGGUAGAACUAUAGUAAAAUCAGCUGGUUGAGUUCAUGAGCGGUAUAAACAUAUAGGACUUCUACUUUCUGACCCCUGGGCUUCCCCCCUCUGCUACAGAGCUAACGUUUCUCACCUCAGUUUGACAAGUGUCAGUACCACAACUUUCCAUUUCAUCUGCAGACUACUCUGAAAAACGAUGGACACCAGGGAACAACUACAGGAGCUCCUGUCAGAGUAUGUAGAGGACACACUCAUCUGCAUUUCCACAGUGAGGGACUUCUGUGACAAACAACAAAAAUGGACCCUUCAGAGAGAGACAGAGCUGGAUAACAUCAGAGACAUCAAGGACAGAGCAGACCAAGUCAGUCUUAAGUUUGACCAUGUUCAGCGCUCCGAGAACAAAGCCAAGGCUUUUGGGCAAUUCCUGUGGAGUGGUUUAACUCAAGUCACCGCUGACUCCAGAUAUCAGGAGCUGGAGAAGGAACUGGGCGCUGUCCUGGAGGACACACUCGAGGGGCUGAAGAAACUUCACCACUUCCUGGAUGCAGUGGAGAAGCUCACAGUCACCUCACUGUUCGUCUUCACUGGACGGAGCUUCUUGCCAAAAGGAGAGAGUCCUGAAAGUGUGCGAUCGGUCAUCACAGCUGCCAGAAUGGCCUCUCCUCUCCUCAUCCACUUUAAACGAAAUCCAGAAACCUUCUUCCUUCCUUCACUUAAUAACCUGGACGUCCUGGCCUUUCAACUAGACAAAUAUAUGCGUAUCACUGAACGGAUCUGUGAGAAGAUGGAGAAGAAAUCUAAUAGUGUUUAUUGGUCUGGCGAUGUCCAUAGAUUUAAGAAGGGUGAGCCUAUAGUGAAGUUCAGCUUGAACUUAAGUGAGGACUCCAUGAAUAAAAUGCUUAAUCAUUUGAAGCAGUUGUGCAAAAUAAGGAUGGACCUGGACACCAGGCUGUCCUUAAUUUUUCAGGAACAGGCUCUGCACUUCAUUGGUGUGUUCAGUCAGCGUCGCUCUAGAAUGGAGCAGUUCCUGUCGGAUCUGGAGGAGAGUGCAGUUCAGCUGGACAGGAUGAAGAUGGGGGCCAGUAUCUCCACUGUGGCUGGCAGUUCAGUUGGGAUAGCAGGUGGUGUCUUGUCCAUCGUUGGUCUUGCUCUUGCCCCUGUCACUGCAGGAGUGUCCCUGGCUCUGACACUGACCGGUGUUGGUCUGGGGGUGACCAGUGGUGUCAAUAGUGUCGUAACAGGCAUCACUGAGGCAGCAGUCAACAGCCACCAUGGGAAAAAUGCACAGAGCAUUUUCCAGAGAUACAUGAAUGAUGUGGGGAAGAUUCUAGACUGUCUGGAGCAGGCAAGUCGUGAGGAGCGUUUAGUAGGGCUUGAUGUUGUAGAUAUGAUGAUUGGAGCAGGAAAGUUGAUAGCUCGUGCUGGAGGAGUGGCCAAAAGUAUUGAUGCCCUGGCAGAUGCAGCCUCAGCUGUUAAAGUUCUCAAAAGUGAAGAGGUGAUUGCAACUGCAGCGAAGGUCGGGCUCCAGGAGGCGCAAAGUGCACGCAGCAUUCCCAAACUCGCUGCAGACCUGCCCGACAUUGGACAGCUGGCAAAAGGGACGCCCCUAGCGCUCUCUAAGUCUGCUAGAGCUGGAUUCAUCACUCUAAAUGCCCUCUUUAUUGGCAUAGAUGUCCUGUUCAUUUGCAAAGAUAGUAUAAGUCUGGCCAGAGGGAGCAAGAGUGAGGCUUCUCAGCUCAUCCGCUCCAGAGCAGCUCUGUGGAAAUCUGAGCUGGAGGCCUGGCAGAAGAUCCAUGAUUCCUUAUGCAUAGGAAUAUGGAGCUUUAGGAAAAGCCAGGAAGUGCUGGAGCAACUGUUUCUGCCUUAAAUUUGUUUGAGUAAUUUGCUACUAAAGUACAUGUCAAGAUUCAAGAAGAGUUGAGAUGAACAAGAAAUAUUUGUAUUUAAAUGAAUGAAUGUAACUAUUACAGUUAGAUAUUCUGUCCUGCAACAGUAACCAAUUAUCAAUACUUGUGUUAUUUCAAGCUGAUUAACUUGUUAAUAAUUCAUGUUAGUAAAAUAUAAGCUUUACAGAGACCUGCUCAGUUUUCUUCAACUUGGACAACUGGACAAAGCUACGUCCAAGUAAAAAAAAUCUGUUUAUUCUUUACAUUUGUACAUUUUACAUGUCAAAAAAACAACAACAUUUGAAUAUAACCGAUUAAAAAAAACAUUGCAUUAAUGGGUCUUAUGUGUCUAGGACUUACGAUUUAUAUGGAGUGUUUAUAGUCUGGUUAGAUCUCACCUGUAGAGAGUAAAUGCAUUUGCUGUUUAUUGUCUGUUGUUUGCUCUUAGGGUGGUGUGUGAGUUUCAGUUGCUUCAGUUAAACACUGACAGAUCAAGUGAUGUGAUAACAUGGGUGUAUAAGCAUAAAGGGGAAUUCUUAAAACCACAUACGGAUUCCAGCCGACAAAUGAUUACAAAAUGUUAGUGUGUUUUUUUUUUUUUACACUUCCUCAAAGACAAGCAGCAAAACAGAAACAGGCUACUUUUGCAUAUUACAGGAAUUUGCUUAAUUAUAAGAUACAGCUUCACUACUAAAAUGUUGCAAAACAUAAAAUAAAAUCUGGUUUAAUUGAGCAUACAAA